GGUCCUGUCAUAUUAAUGGGGGUCAGCUCUCUGCCCCUCACUCUGCCGUCUGGCUCUAACCCCGCCCUCUCGGGACAAGCGGGGACAGCGAAUCAAACAGAUUUAUUAGGGGGGAACAGGAUCUGCAGCAGAAGAAACAGAGAGGAGGAGGUUAGAUCUUCAACUUGCUCCUCCAGACGCGGUGCGCUCUCCUCUCUCCGCCGGACCGGGGCUAUGCACUGAUCGGCGCCGCAGCGAGGAAACAUGCAGCCGGAGGACAUGGAGGUACCGAUCAUUAAUAACCUUAACGAGAACUGCUGCAGACAGAGGGGGGAGAAGGGGGAUGAGAUGUUCCAGGAUCGGCCGAGAGAGUCGGAGAGCUCCAUGGAGUCUCCAAACCUGGAGUUUGAGUAUGGAGACUCGGACACCCUCACAGCUGAGCUCUCAGAGCUGUACAGUUACACAGAAGAGCCAGAGUUCGCCUUGAACAGGGACUACUUCGAGGAGGAUUUCCGGAGCCAUGCUCGAGGCAGACGGUGGACCGAGCUGACUGUGGAUGAACAGAAAGCUUAUGUAAUGAGACUGCUGGACGCUCUGGAGGUGACAGACAGGGACAAGAGGCUGAAGGUGGCCAGGGCCAUCCUCUACCUGGCUCAGGGAGUGUUUGAUGAGUGUGACACGGAGGUGGAUGUGCUCCACUGGUCCAGGCACAACAUCUUCCUGCUUUAUGACAUGGGGAUCUUCACUGCCCUGCUGGAGCUGCUCAGCAUGGAGAUGGAUAACAGCCAGGCGUGCAGCAGUGCAGUGAGGAAGCCUGCCAUCUCUCUUGCAGAUAGCACAGAGCUCAGAGUGCUUCUGAGCAUCAUGUAUCUGAUUGUGGAGAUGAUUCGCGUCCAAACAGAAGAUGACCGGCCAGAGUGGAGGGCAGCCAGAGAGGCCUUCAAGACUGAGCUGGGUUCGCCUCUUUACAACGGAGAGCCCUUCGCUCUGCUCCUCUUCACCAUGGUGACCAAGUUCUGCAGCAUGAACGCGCCUCACUUCCCCAUGAAGAAAGUGCUGCUGCUGCUGUGGAAAACAGUUCUGUUUACAUUGGGCGGGUUCGAGGAGCUCCAGCAGAUGAAGGUGCGAGCCCGGGAGCGCCUCAGCUUACCACCGCUCCCGGAGGACAGCAUCAAGGUGGUGAGAGCCAUGAGGGCAGCGUCUCCCCCGGCAUCGGCGAUGGAGCUCAUCGAGCAGCAGCAGCAGCAGAAGAGAGGCCGGCGCAGCCGCAGGAGUGCCUUUGUUGAUAGCUUGGAAGGAGACAGUCCCUUUCCCAAGAAGCAGCCCCUGGUCAAGCAGGACAGCCUGGACACCUACAAUGAGCGGGACCCCUUUAAAAACGAUGACGCCCGGGAUGAAGAGGAGGACCCGGAGGACACGGACAGCGGCAUUGAGGGGGAGGUGGACCCGCUGGACCGAGACGUCAUCAUCCAGCCUCCGCCUCCUCUGAGACCCCCCACAGAGAGGGUCAACUUCCCCAAAGGCCUCCCCUGGGCCCCUAAAGUUAGGGAGAAGGACAUUGAGCACUUCCUGGAGACCAGUAGGAACAAGUUCAUUGGUUUUACUUUGGGAAGUGACACAAAGACCCUGGUAGGGUUACCCAGACCCAUCCAUGAGAGUGUUAAGACCCUCAAACAGCACAAGUAUGUCUCCAUAUCUGAGAUCCAGAUCAAGAGGGAGGAGGAGCUCCUGCAGUGUCCGCUCAGCCUGGGUGAGGAGGAGGUGGAGGAGACGCCAGCGGAGAUUUUAUACGUGGGAAUGCUUCCUAAUCUCUCGCAGUAUGUGAUCGCCCUCCUUAAGCUCCUCCUGGCAGCGGCUCCCACCUCCAAAGCCAAAACUGACUCCAUCAACAUCCUGGCUGACGUGCUGCCCGAGGAGAUGCCCAUCACAGUCCUACAGAGCAUGAAGCUGGGGAUUGACGUGAACCGUCACAAGGAAAUAAUCGUCAAGGCCAUCUCCGCGCUGCUGCUGCUCCUCCUCAAGCAUUUCAAACUGAAUCAUAUCUACCAGUUCGAAAUAGUCUCUCAGCAUUUGGUGUUUGCCAACUGCAUCCCGCUGAUCCUCAAGUUCUUCAACCAGAACAUCAUGUCCUAUAUCAGUGCCAAAAACAGUAUAUGCGUGUUGGACUUCCCCCACUGUGUGGUCCAUGAGAUGCCUGAGCUCACUGCUGAGAGCCUGGAAGCAGGAGACAACAACCAGUUCUGCUGGAGGAACCUUUUCUCCUGCAUCAACCUGCUGAGGAUCCUCAACAAGCUGACCAAGUGGAAACACUCCAGGACCAUGAUGUUGGUUGUUUUUAAGUCAGCCCCCAUCUUAAAACGAGCUCUGAAGGUCAAGCAGGCCAUGAUGCAGCUCUACGUUCUCAAGCUGCUGAAGAUUCAGACUAAGUACCUGGGCCGCCAGUGGAGGAAGAGCAACAUGAAGACCAUGUCAGCUAUCUAUCAGAAAGUCCGCCACCGGCUCAAUGACGACUGGGCCUACGGAAAUGACAUUGAUGCCCGGCCCUGGGACUUCCAAGCAGAGGAGUGCGCCCUUCGGGAAAGCAUCGAGAAGUUCAACAGCCGGCGUUAUGAUAAGAACAGAAAUGGAGACUUUGUGCCGGUGGACAACUGCCUGCAGAGCGUGCUGGGCCAGCGCGUGGAGCUGCCGGACGACUUCCACUACAGCUACGAGAUGUGGCUGGAAAGAGAGGUGUUCUCGCAGCCCAUUCAGUGGGAGGGUCUCCUUCAGAACCCGUAAUGGGGGGACGCAGACGGAUUCAGGGUCUGGUUUUGGUUACAGAAAUGAUCUAACUUUUGCUGAUGAAACAGGGAACAGUUUUAAGUCUCACCCCAGGCUAUGCAGUAAAAGGAAAAACAAGGUUAGGAUUGGGUCGAUUUAAUGCCGCACACGUAAAUGUUUCACUAACAUGUGCCUAAGACUACUGUGACCAUGUAAGCACAUAAGGAUGAAAGUAGCAUUUGAAAAAUAAUUGUGAUUGUUGUAGCGUGACAGCAGUCAGUCACACUGCCCCCUAUAAGGCCAGUCUGUCUUCUUUCGUAGCUCGGUGCUCUUCUGAUUCCUUCCUGAAGUUUUUUGUUAUGCGUUUUUAACCCUGUCCUUUAAAAAACUGUUUUAACACUGUCCUUUUAAUAUUAUUCUACAAAAAGAAGUGCACAAACUAUUGGGUUUUAGAUCGUAGGGAGUUACUAGAAAUGUUUUUAAUAUGCAUUUUCUUACAGAAAGUUACUACAUAAUUAUUACAUGUAAUAAAAUAGGGACCUUGGAGCAACAAAACAAAGAAAAACUACCAAUUUUAAGUAUAUAAGUUUGUUCAUGGAUGGUGUUUAUAAAAAUAAAGCAAACAAAAAAAUAAGGAGUUAAAUGAAUAUCAAAAAAUACAACUUGAAUAUUAAAGUAUAACCCUUUAAAAGGAGAUCCUGCUCUUUUUACGCACUGUUUAACUUAUAAACAGAUUUCCUCUAUCAGAGAUACAUAUCAGCACUAAAGAUCUGCAAGUGUCUCUAUAAGAAAUCUCACUUUGCACAGGGCGUAGUCCUAUAAAUAUGUAUGAUAAUAUAUAAUGAUACAGGGCAGCUUGAAUAUUCUAAUGUCAUUUUAUAAAUUCUUGUGCCACUUUUUUUUUUAUUUUUCCGAAAAUGUCGCCAAAAGCUCUAAACCGGUUUGCCAAAAAAAAAAAAA